AUGUCCAACCCCCUCUACGACUCCCACCAGCCCCGACGAGCCAGCAGCCACAACGUCGUCAAACAAGCUCUGAAUUGGAAUCAAUGGCGCGACUCGACUGCCCAAGCCGGUGCACAACGCAGCCCCAUUGUGACUAGUGACGCGCACGGGGAUAUGUUACGGGCGGCGAGAAUUCAGGCUGAGGCGGAGGCCAAGAGGAAGGAAUUGCUGUUGAAGCGGAAACAGGAGCAGAUGGAUCAGCAUAUGCGCAUGGGGGGGUUGCAUGAUGCUCAUCGCGCUGCGUUGGCGAGGAUGCAGAGGAAGGUUAAGGAGUGA